AUGGCGAAGAUGAAUCCAACUGUUACGACUAUACCACUGAGCCAUCCAACUCCGGCUGCAGUUCAAAUGAGAAACACCGUUGCUCCCACUGUAGACGUCAAUCCACCCUCCUCCGUGUUAAGAUUAGUGAAUGGCAGCACCAUCUAUGAAGGCAGAGUAGAGGUGUUUGUCAACGGUUCCUGGGGAACGGCUUGCAGCCAUUCCUGGGACAUGAACGAGGCCCAAGUCAUCUGCAGACAGCUUGGAUAUGGACCAGCCAUUAAUGCCCCGGGUUACGCUACCUAUGGCCCUGGUGUUGGUCCUAUUCACCUUGUACAUGUGCACUGCAACGGUUCGGAAAGCUCAAUACUUGACUGCACAUCUUAUUACUCUGAACACUGCUCUCACAGUGAAGAUGCCGGUGUUGAAUGCUCAGCUCCAGUUCGUCUCGUGAAUGGAAGCUCUUCUAACGAGGGUCAAGUUGAGGUCUUCUACCAAGGCGAGUGGGGUACAGUCUGCGAUGAUGGAUGGGACCUUAAUAAUGCUGAUGUCGUCUGUCGCAUGCUUGGUUACCCUUCUGCAUCCAACGCUUGGAGCGGCGCUCACUUCGGUCAAGGAUCAGGUCCGAUCAUGCUAGACAAUGUUAACUGCCAAGGAUAUGAAUCUAGCAUAGCUGAAUGCAAUCAUGCUGGCUGGUUUAGCCAUAACUGUGGGCAUAAUGAGGACGCAGGAGUUACUUGUAACAGUGACUCUACCACUGAACCACCCUACUCCGGCUGCAGUUCAUAUGAGUGGCAAUGCUACUACAACGGUCAAUGUAUUCAAGACUACCAAAGAUGCAACGGU